AUUCCCAGAUUUAUAUGAACCUAUUCUUCUGGUUUACUCCCAUUUCCACUCACAAGAAUAUAAACUAUUUAUUCAGCUCAGAGUGAGUUAGAUUCAAGAACUGCAUCAUCAUGAUCAGUAUGAGAAAAGCGAGAGGAUUCAAGCUAAGGUUCAGAGUAUGCCGGGUUUUUAAAUGGGUAUUACGACCCAGACGAAAGCAAUCAUGGGGGUAUAAACAAUUAUUAAGAUCAUAUUCAUCUUCAUUUACAAAUCCAACAAAUCAUACAAGAAAUAAGGCGAUCAAGAAGAUAUGCAACUGGGGAAAGAGUUUGAAACACGGAGCAAAAGAAUUAUGUAGUCCAAGAAAAUCAACAACUCCAACUAAAAAGAAUGAUUAUAUUCGGCUGGGCGGUUCAGCUAAUCCGUUUCAAGAAGAUCAGAAACCCAUUCCAAAAGGACAUUUGGCUGUCUAUGUUGGUGAUAAGGAUGAUGAUUGUCGUCGGGUUUUGGUUCCGGUUUUUUAUUUUAAUCACCCCUUAUUCGGUGAAUUACUUAGAGAAGCUGAGAAGGAAUAUGGAUUUGAACAUCCCGGUGGGAUUACGAUUCCUUGCCAGAUUUCUGAGUUUGAGAAUGUAAAGACUAGAAUUGCUGCUGGUGAGAUUUACCGGAAUUCUAUGCUAAAGCACCGAUUAUGCUAAUCGUGAUGCCGAUGAUGAUGAUGAUGAAAAAGGAUUGAUUUAGAGAAUAUUAGGGGUACAAUUUUAACUUUUUUUUUGUCCUUUUUUUAGAUUUUUUGUGUUCAUAUUGGGCUGUAAUAGAGAAUUUUUAGUUUAAUUAAAGGACUUUUUGUUGGAACCCUUUUAAACGGAAAUGAAUAAUUAUCGUCAUUAAUUUUUCUGCCUCUCCGGCGGAGUAAA